GGCUCUGAGCGCACGCGAGCAUGGCUGCCGGAAAGUUGCUGCUCUACGCCGGUCUAUCUCUCUCCCUCUGCGCUCUCGGAAUGCUGGCCGUGGCUAUCUGCUCCGACCACUGGUACGAGACGGACGCGCGGAGGUACCGGGAGCGGUGCCGAAGUUUCUCUAGUCGCCGGAAAGACCCGGGCUUUAUUUACAUCCCCAACAACAGCCUCCCUCUGCGCGCGAGCCGCUCGCGCCUGGACCGCUGGGAGGAGAAGCUGCUGCUGGCGCGGAACAGACGGCAGCUGUUCGCCAUGAGCGCCGCCGAUGAGUGCAGCAGGCAGUAUAACUCCACCAACAUGGGGCUGUGGAGCAAAUGCCAUCGCCUGGGAUUUGAUCAAGACAUCGAGGACCUCAUUCGCAAAGGGUCGAUUGAAAGAUGCUCCUAUAUCAAGUACCACUACUCCUCAGCCACAAUACCCAAGAAUCUCUCCUACAACAUCACUAAGACCAUACGUCAGGAUGAGUGGCACUCUUUGCAUCUGCGGAGGAUGACGGCAGGCUUCAUGGGUAUGGCAGUGGCCAUCAUUCUGUUUGGAUGGAUCAUUGGGAUGCUGGGCUGCUGCUGGGAUCGUGGCCUCAUGCAGUAUGUGGCAGGACUGCUCUUCCUCAUGGGCGGCACAUUUUGCAUCAUUUCCUUGUGCACCUGUGUAGCAGGCAUCAACUUCGAGCUGUCCCGUUAUCCACGUUACAUAUACGGUCUCCCAGAUGACAUCAGCCACGGUUAUGGCUGGUCCAUGUUCUGCGCUUGGGGCGGUUUGGGCUUGUCACUCAUCGCUGGCUUCUUCUGUACACUGGCUCCCUCUGUACAGCCAAUCCCCCGCUCCACGUGCCCCAAGUCCCGUCAAGAAAAUGGCACUGUGUGUUAA